CAAUGAACAGACGUGGCAGAUUCCAUCCGAUCAUCACUGAUAAAGGAGGGUGACUUCAGAUGGAUGAAGAGUAGCUGAUCCUGGUCGGGAUUUGCUCAACUUCCUGAAAUGGAUUAUGGGGCACGGCCGUUGCAACCGCGCAUGGCAUCGUCCCGAUUUCCUGCAUGACUGGUUGCAAGAGAUAUCGAGAUAAGUUCGUAAUCUAAAGGCAUAAAAGGUCUAGGUGAGUACAGCAUCUGGGUACGUCUGUUCAUCUCGUCUUAAUAGAGGGCAUCACGACUUUCAUCCUCGGUUUGAGAGAUCUAGCUCCAACAUCAAUAACACCGCCAAAAUGCGUCGCGCCAUUUUCGUCCUACCUCUUCUCUUGUUGGCUAAUCCAGUAUCGGCGGUGACUUGGUACUUCCUCCGUUACUACCCCGCGUCAGGUCAGAAGUUCACCUCUUUCUCGGGCGAGAUGGCGAUCCCAUCACUACCGCGCGCCGGCGUUUACUACCUCUGGCCAGGCUUGCAACCAACCGAUAACAGUGGUGUAUACCAAAAUGUUCUCGAUGGCCGGAGCGGGACAUGGUGGCUCGGCUCCGGGUGGUGCUGCUCCAACCCGAGUCUCCCUUGGGGCGGAGGCUUCAACACGUACGGCGGGGAGACGAUUUCGUUUCAGAACAUCCUGAAAUCGGAUAAUUCGGUGUGGACCAGUACUGUGACGAGGCAAACUGGAGGUCAGGUUGUUACCAAUGACUUCGCCUUGGCCGACAAAACUUUUAAUCAAGUGCUCUUUGCCAUUGAGUUAUACGACGUCUCAUGGGACUUUGGCCCAUUAGCAUUCAACAAUGUUGUAAUUACCUCCACUGGUAGUUCAGAUUCAAGUUGGUGCACUAGCUUGCCGCAAAAUUACAACUCGGCGACCAACUAUACCAUCACCGGCACGAGUGCGACUGUGAGCGGCGACACAGUCACUUGCAGUAUCCAGUCAGUUGUGCUCAACGCACCGGCGUGAGAGACGUAACUAGGCCAUUGCGACAAUGAUUGGUAUUAUCAUGUUAUUCUGAGAGGGGUGGUCCUCUAUGCUCAACAUCAGGGGAUAUCAAGAAAACCAGCUUAACGCUACAAUCCAUCUCUCUCUCUCUCUCUCUCUCUCUCUCUCUCUCUC